GUCGAGCUCAAAAUCCACAUCGGACCAUCGCCAUCAUCAUGGACAAGCAGACCGUGCCGACGUUCCUCAAGCCGGCCGUAUGGUCGUCGCGAUAUGGAGCCAACUUUUACACGCUGGCAAUCACGGGAUAUGUUGUCCAAGACGCCACGUUUGCCGAGUACACCAUCCAGGUCAAGUGCGGGUCGGACACGUGGGUCGUGAACAGACGAUUCCGCGAGUUUGUCGAUCUCUGGAAUGAACUAUACAGCUUGGGCUCUCGCCUGCCGACGCUGCCGCCCAAGUCGUUCCUGUGUUUCCGCGACUUGAGUGAGGACUACCUCUCCGAGCGUCGACGGGUGCUGGAAGAAUGCCUGUGGGAUCUGUUGCAGCUCUCGAGCAUGGGCGAAAUCGACGCGAUCAAAGAGUUUCUCGACCUCGUCAAGGACGCGAGAUAUUAGUCGGAUAUGUUGUGUCACUACUUUUUCCCCUUUUUCUUCUUCUUCUUCGAGCUCUUCUUACUCGCAUCUGGGCUGGCGGCGGGGACAGUAUCGGGGCUGGCGGCAGGGACUGCUUCGUCACUGAGCGCGUCUGCAGUGGUGUCGGGAGCUGGGGUCGCCGCGUCCAACUCGACGUACCCGUCGCUCGUGACGCUCGUCUGUAGAGCCUCGUUCGUGUCGUCAUCGUCGGUGGUCGGAGCAGCGACGAUCUGAGCGCUCGGCUCUUGGAAUUCGUCGACAGCCGAUGGCUCAACAGGUUUGGCUUCAUCCACGUUAGCCGCAUCCACGUCGUCGACGGGCUGCGGGGCUGGGGGCAAACUGCCCUUGCGAGCAAUCUUCUUGGGCGAUGCAGGAGGAAUAGAGAUAGUCAGGGGGGCUUUUGAUGACGAAGCUGGAGUUGGCGACGACACAGGGGUCGUGGCCUUCGGUGAGGACACAGGAGUGGCAGCCUUGGGCGACGAAACGGGGGUUGCGGCCUUCGGUGACGAAACGGGAGUCGCCGGCGCCUUGGGAGAUGGCACUGGAGUCGGGAUCUUCGCAGCUUUAGGCGACGGGACUGGCGAUGAUGCCUUGUGUGCAAUGUAUGCAGCUUCAAUGACACUGACAGCUUCGGCCUGGGCGUCGUCUGGUUGAGUGACACUUCCAUUGCGGUUAGUAGUCCUUGGCGAAGAGGCAGGGGUAAUUUUCUUGGGCGAUGGAGCCGGCGAUGUUUUCUUGGGCGAAGCUGCAGGCGAGCUCGACUUCUUGUGCGCAAUGUAAGCAGCUUCGAUCACACCAACUGCCUCCGCUUGAGCUUCGGCGGCACUGGUUUUGCGAAUUGACUGGGUGGGCGAGGCUACUGGUGUGGCAGGCUUGGCGUGAGCGACUGGGGAGGGUUGUUUUGGCGACGGCGGAGUUGGCGAUGCCUUGUGUGCAAUGUACGCAGACUCGAUGGCCACCGCUGCUUGUUUUGGCGACGGUGGAGGCGAUGCUGUCUUCGCUUUCGGCGACGGAGAUUUUGGCUUUGGCGACGGUGGAGGCGAGGCAGGCUUCGUCUGUGAGGCACUUGGCAAGGAUCUCGAUUUUGUGGAUGUGGCGGGCGAACGGUUGACGUCGUCGUUGGUGGACUUGGACGUUUGGUCCAAGAACUUGAGAGCAAGGAACCCCGCGAGUCCGACAAUACCAGCGGCGGCUAUGACCAGCGCAGUGGACGCUGGCCCAGUCCGCUUGCUUGCCAUGGCUCGAAUGAGACUGCUGGGCGACGACAGCUGGAACGAUUUCUGUG